AUGGCAGUGUCAGAGCACGCCGUCAGUGCCGUAAUCCUAAGAGAAGAAAAGAAGGUCCAGUACCCAAUCUACUAUGUAAGUAAGACACUGUUAGAUGCUGAAACGAGGCACCUAGUGGAAGUGGUGACAGAAUAUCCAUUGAAGACCUUGUUAGGGAAAGCGGACAUGUCUGGAAGGGUUGCCAAAUGGUCAGUCGAAUUGGCUCAAUAUGAUUUGAAGUUCGUCCCAAGGACUGCCAUUAAAGCGCAAGUCUUAGCUGAUUUUGUUGCCGAGUUCACCACAGAGCAACGACCUAAAAAAGCCAACCAGAUAUGGAAUGUACAAGUAACUCCUUCGCAUCUUUGGGAAUUGCAAGUUGAUGGUUCUUCAACAAGACGAGGAUCCGGAGCAGGAAUUGUGCUAGUAGCCCCGGAAGGAGAAGUAUUGGAAAUGGCUAUACGAUUAGGGUUCCCAGCAACAAAUAAUGAAGCAGAGUAUGAGGCCUUGUUUCAAGGAGUCCAGAAUGCUCUAAGACUUGGGGCAAAGGAGUUGGUGAUUUAUUCCGAUUCUCAAUUGGUAGUCAGUCAACUCACUGGACUCUACAGUGCCAGGACGGCAACUAUGGACAUGGAAAAAACUAAACAAUUGCUCGACCGGCUUCAUGACUAUAAGGUAAUACAAAUUCCAAGGGAGCAGAAUGACCACGCCGAUGCUUUGGCUACCCUUGCGUCGGCCGACCAACAAGGGGUGAAGAGGGUUAUACAAGUGCAGGUGCUCGAACGAUCAAGCAUAGAUGAGAUGCCAGAAGAGAUACGAUGCGCAGAAGAGCAGGUGCCAAGUUGGAUGGAUCCCAUCGUUGCUUACCUAAAGGAUGGCAUUCUUCCCGAAGAUAAGAAAGAAGCCAGAAAAUUGGCAGUCAAAGCAGCACGCUUCUGGUUGUCUCCUGAUCAGAAGCUCUAUAAAAAGUCUUUCUCAGGUCCAUAUUUAUUAUGUGUUCACCUAGCAAGAGUGGAGGACUUGUUGUUUGAGAUUCAUGAAGGCUCUUGUGGAGCACAUGCUACGGGAAGGACACUUGCAUUUCGAGCAAUUACCCAAGGCUUUUGGUGGCCGUACAUGCAGAAGGAUGCUUUGCAGUACGUAAAAAAGUGUGAAAAGUGUCAGAAGUUCGCACCAAUCCCCUACCAACCGGCUGGUGAUCUUUGUCCUCUUACAAGUCCUUGGCCUUUUGCCCAAUGGGGGUUGGAUAUUAUUGGACCACUCCCGUGGGCUACUGGCAAUAGAAGAUUCUUAAUUACUGCCACUGACUAUUUUACGAAAUGGAUCGAGGCAAGGGCUCUGGCAGCAAUCCGAGAUAUAGAAACAAGGAAUGAUAACGGAACUCAAUUUUCAAGUGCCAAGUUUAAAGAAUUUUGUGGUGGAUAUGGGAUAAAGAAUCUCUAUUCCACCCCCGCCUACCCACAAUGCAAUGGUCAAGCAGAAGCAUCCAACAAGAUCAUUUUAGACGAAAUUAAGAAAAGAUUGGAGUCUUCCAAAGGAAGGUGGGUAGAAGAACUUCCGUCAGUAUUAUGGGCAUACCGAACCACUCCUCGCAGGUCUACGGGAGAAUCUCCAUUCGUGCUUGCUUAUGGAGCGGAGGCUGUCAUUCCCUUAGAAAUAGGGCUUCCAACUCUCUGA